AUGCCUGUCUUUUCAAUCGUUUCCGACAACACGCAGGGCGAACAUGCACAUACCUGUGGCCAUUGGGGUGUCAUGCUAAGCGAGGUCGAACGGUAUAUGGAACAAUUCAAGCUGGAAAUGCCUAAGAGACUCACUGAGGACGCCGACAAGCUGGCUAUCAAGGAUUUCGAGAGCAUCUAUGAAGCGACAUCCCACUGA